AUGUCUGUUUCGGAAGCUAUAUCGAAUCCGGUAGUCCUACCAUCACUCAGUGAAAGUUCGGAAGAAGUUGUCGGGGGUUUGGGAGAAACUUCGGCUGUUGUGACUUCGCCUAAUAUACCGGCCACUCUGAAGGAGAAUUGGCCUGCAGUCCUCAAAUUCACUACGUCUUGUGUUGUACGUUUGGAUGCUGAAAGGUAUCAUGAUCUAUCGCCUGAAGACUAUCAUAGACUCACUUUUGACGAACCGCGCAUUAUAUUUGACAUUCUGGCAGAAGAGCUAUUCCCUCACGUGGAAGGGGAUAGCUCGCUGCUUCACCUUAAACACCUCUAA